CAGGACAACCCCUCAUUAGCCGGCAAUGAGUAACGUCUCCACCCUUGUUUAAGGGUUAUGGAUUCCACUUCUAUGUAUAGACUUGCCUGAUUCCUUCACAACCCUCGGGAUAACUAUCCAAAGAAAGACGGCAGAAUGUCCGGCUCGCUAUUGAUUGUCGCCCUCCCUAGGAGCCGCUCUUCAUUAGGGAGAGGUUACGUGUCGUGUUACGUCUAUCGUGUCCUCACCUACUGCUAUAUUUCAAAUAAUAUUUCAAAUACCUAUUCUCUGCUUCAGUAAACGACAGACUUCUUUACGUUACACCACAACACAGUUUCGCAUAGUUAUACUUAAUUCUUAGUCUGAAUUGCCAAUAUGUCCGAUUACAGGGACUUGCGAAUAUCCGUCAUCGGCGCGGGUAUGGGCGGUCUCGCCUGCGCCCUUGCCUUCGCCAAGAAGGGGUUCAAGCAUGUCGACGUAUAUGAGACGGCUUCGAAUCUGGGAUUCGUCGGAGCCGGGAUCCAGCUGGCCCCGAACAUGGCUCGGGUGUUAGACCGCUGGGGCUGCUGGGACGAGAUCUUUGCUGAGGCUACUAACAUCAAAGGCUCAAGCAUCCGCGAGGGCUCUUCGAACCGUGAACUUGUACACGUCGAAAUGCCCGACAUUGCCGAGAAGUAUGGAUACCCUCACUGCACGGGACAUCGCGCGUCGCUAGCUGGUGGCCUGUAUGAGGGAUGCAAAAAAGAGCCAAGCAUCAAGUUCCAUUUUUCGACGUCGCUUGCCGAUAUAACAUCAUUCGGUCCGGACAAGACGGUGUUCAAGGUACAGCCACGUAACGGCGACCCGUACGAGGUGGAGACCGAUAUCCUACUUGGUGCCGACGGCAUCAAAUCCACCGUGCGGUCCGCUCUGCUCCGCACUCUAAAUCUUAGUGGCGAUGUCGAAGACACGGGACAGGCCGCAUACCGGAUUAUGCUCACGCGGUCCCAGAUGGAACAUGACCCGGAGCUUCUGGAGCUCUUAGACGCCGACGUCGCGCUGCGAUGGAUAGGUGAGAAGCGACACAUCGUGGCAUACCCUAUUAGCAACAAGACCAUCUACAACUUAUCAACGUGCCAACCUGAUGUCAACUUUGCCGAAGCCCCGAGUAUCACGUAUACGACGCGAGGUAGCAAGUCUGCCAUGCUAGAUGUAUACGCGGAUUUCCACCCCAUCGUGCAAAAGAUGCUAAACAUGGUGCCCGAAGGUGAGGUGUGUGAGUGGAGGUUACGUUCACAUAGUGCCCUUGAUACCUGGAUCCUUGGUGCUGUUGCUCUGGUUGGUGACGCCUGCCAUCCCACGCUACCCCACCUUAGCCAGGGCGCUGCCAUGGCCAUCGAGGACGGCGCCGUGCUGGCAGAAGUGGUAAGCCGCGCACCAGGAGGCGGUUCAGACAGGGAAGCUCUCUCCAAGGCGCUCAAAGUCUAUGAGCUACUGAGGAAGGACCGAACGACGAUACUAGUCGACCUAGCCGCGUCAUCCGCACGAUCGCUACACCUAGGCGAGGGUAAGGCGAAGGAGGAGAGGGAUAGACAGUUCGCCAUGGGCAUGAAGAAGGGAACACCCAUUCCGGACAAGUGGGCCAGUCCCGAGGUUCAGCAUAUGAUCUAUUCGUACGACUGCGUGAAGGACACCGAUGAGAGGUUCGACGAGUUGUACGCUGCGCUUACAGGUGAGACUAAUGGCCAUGCAAAUGGCCAGACGAAUAGUUACGCGAACGAGCACGCAAACGGCGUAACCGCAUAGAAGUUGUAUAGAAGUUAGAGUCUCGUUUUACUGCAUUAUAUAAAGACACGGACAUGAUAGUGAAUGUAGCAGUAGCGAAUAUAUGGAAUUGACUUGACGCGAUCACCGUCGUGGACUGCUCACAAGGAGUAUAACGCUGUAUAAUUACAAAAGAACCAAUUCCGUAGGACCAAAAACGCCAUGCUCCCUUCUGAUGCGUAUCGUAUCAUCCCCUCCCCCCUC